UUUACCAAACCGGAAACGUGUACGUCUUUGUUUUUAUUCCCCCGAUUUCCACCAUGAAGGAAGCUAACAUGGCUCUCCCUCUGAGCAUCGGGGCUCUGCUUCAGGAAGACCUGAAGGAAGACGCUGCUUACCGGGACGACGGCUUGUGUGUUGUCGGUAUCUUCGGUAAGAGCAACAUGCAGCCCGGACCGCCGAAGGAGUCCAUCGUCAACAAUUUGGCAGACAAACACAUUUUCGCGUUGUUCGGCGGACCGGAAGACGGCGGCACCGCGGACAGCCACAUCGAGGCUUUCUACAACCAGGAGAGCCGGGUGCUGUACCUGCUGCUGUCCUCCGUGUGCGACAGCCAGCAGCUGCUGCGGGCCUGCGAGUCCCUGAGCGCCGGCACCGGACACUCCGACUCCCACGACUUGUGGCAGGGCCUGGACCGACAGCACUGCCUCCACCUGCUGUACAUGUUCUCCGUGUGCCACGUCCUCCUGCUCGUACACCCGAACCAGACCUUCGAUGUGACCUACGACCGGCUCUUCAGAGCCCUGGACGCCCUGCGGCAGAAGGCGCUGCCCCUGAUCCGGGCUGCCAUCAAAGACUGCCCGGUGUCCAAAGAGUGGAAGGUGAACUGUCGGCCCUGCCCUCCACGCCUGCUCUUCGUCUUCCAGAUGAACGGCUCUAUGAAGGUCUCUGCAAACGGCUCCGAGUCUGGAGGAAACCCCGACAAGCCCAAAAAGCACUCUCCCCGGAGGAGGCUGCAGCACGCUCUGGAGGACCAAAUAUACCGCAUCUUCCGUAAGAGCAGAGUCCUGACCAACCAGAGCAGCAACUGCUUGUUCACGGUGCCCGCCAACCAAGCCUUCGUGUACGUGAUACCGUCAGUAGACGAGGACCCUGUGGGUGCCUUGCUUGGUCAGCUGCGGUCCAACUGCAUCUUGUGUGAAACUGAACCCACCGUGGUGGUGACGGGGCCGAGGCGAUAUCAGCAGACGCGGCGUUCAGCUCGGCAGUCCAGCUGCGGCGGAGACCCGGUAAGCCUGUUGAUGGGCGGUCAGCUGGUGGACUGCAGUCUGAAGGAAUUCCUCUGGCAGCACGUCGAGCUGGUGCUGACCAAGAAAGGCUUUGACGACAGCGUCGGCCGCAACCCGCAGCCUUCACACUUUGAGCUGCCGUCCUACUCCAAAUGGGUCCAGGUCGCCUCCAGACUCCACCAGGUUCUAAUUACCAACACAGAAGAAGAAAUAGCGGAGCUAGCCACGAAGGUUCAAGGCCAGCUGAAGGUUUUGGAGGGUUUUCUCGAUGCUGACACAAAGUUCUCUGAGAACAGGUGCCAGAAGGCUCUGCCACUGGCUCACAGCGCUUACCAGUCCAACCUUCCCCAUAACUACACCACUACGGUGCACAAAAACCAGCUGGCGCAGGCUCUGCGGGUGUACAGCCAGCAUGCCCGGGGCGUGGCUUUCCAGCGCUACGCACUGCAGCUCCAUGAGGACUGCUACAAGUUCUGGAGCAACGGCCACCAGCUGUGUGAGGAGCGAAGCCUGACGGACCAACACUGUGUUCACAAGUUCCACCUCCUGCCUCAGCCAGGUGAGAAGACGGACAUGGAUCGAAACCCGCCCAUCCUGAACCACAACAGCAGGGGGCGCUCCACCAGCGCCUGUAACUGUGGACGGAAACAAGCGCCGCGAGAGGAUCCGUUUGACAUCCAGGGUGCCAACUCUGACUUCUACCAGAUCCUGGAGGAGAAAUGCUGCGGGAAGCUGGAGAGGAUCGACUUCCCCGUGUUCCAGCCCAGCACUCAUGACCCAGCUCCGGCCACAAACCAAGCUCCGCAGCUCCCGAGCGAGGCCCCGGAGUCUGUGGAGACGGAGAGGCUGAAGGAGCCGAGCACUUCUCAGAGCCACACGCCCGCAGACACCAGCCUCAGCCUGGCUCUCAGUCUGGGCCAGUCCUCCGACAGCCUGGGGCCAUUCGCGGACGGAGAUGGAACCGAAACGCAAGUCCCGCAAAAGAGGCCGAGCCUCGUUGACCGCCAGCCCUCGACGGUGGAGUAUCUCCCGGGUAUGAUGCACUCGGGCUGCCCCAAGGGUCUGCUGCCCAAGUUCUCCAGCUGGUCGCUGGUCAAACUGGGCCCAGCCAAGUCGUACAACUGCCACACGGGUCUGGAACAUCCAGGCUUUCUACCCGGCUCCUCUUUCCUCUUGCCGUGGGACUUGGUGAUACGCUCUCGGUCGGAGGAGGACACGGGACUGACGGAGCCUCUGGAUGGAGGCACCUCCUCGUGGCCAGCCCCCAACAAGACCCUGGUGGGAAAGCGAGGCAGCACCGGCGGGCUCGGUAGGAGUCGCAGGAGGGAUGACAUGGCUCGGAUCUUCGUGGGGUUCGAGUAUGAAGACAGCAGGGGAAGACGCUUCAUCAGCUGCGGGCCGGAUAAGAUAGUGAAGGUGCUGGGGCCGGGCGGCGCCAAAGACCCCGCCACCAGGGUGCUAAACACCGACAUGCCGCUGUACGUCUCAUCGCCGUCACAGGGCCGCGGCAUAAAGUCUCACUUCGCCCAGCUGACUCGUCUUUUUAUCGUGGUGCCUGACGCCCCGCUGGAGGUGACUCUCAACCCACAGGUGCUGCCCGGCGCUCUCCCCUGCCCCGUUUUCCACCCGGAGCAGACAGACUUAGUGUUGCCGCCUGAUGGUCUCUGGGUUCUGCGGUUCCCUUAUUCCUACUCUACAGAUCGCGGCCCCUGUUACCCCCCCAAAGAGAACCAACCACUCAACAACUACAAGGUGCUGCGAGGCAUCCUGAAGGCCACGACUGCCAACCCCCCACCACAGUGAACUCAAAGCUUUCAGAGUAUGAAGGACUUCUUAUUUAUUUACACUUCCUGAUGUAGGCUGAGAGUGUUUUUGUUUGUAAGUCGCUGACUCUUAAUAAGAUCAUAACAUCUGUUUGGACUUCCUUUAAGUGCUGUGAUCAUCAGCCCCCACACUUUGAGCAAGACGUUUUGUUUGGGAGAAUAAUUCAAACGUAUUUACUUUCAUGAUCUCAGAGGAAGAACAAACUUUAAACUUUGCAUUUAUUUUGAGCUCUGGGAAUAGUAAAUAAUAAUAUAAACACCUAACCAGCGGUUUUUAAGGUGUAACAUUUUGUAAGAGCUCGAAGUUCGGGGAGAAAAUCGUCGUUUUAUUCUGAAUGGAGGAAACGAUGCGUUUAAAGGCUUCAUAAAGACAUCCUAUAAAAAGUCGAGUGUCAGUGAUGAGGCUGAACUAAUGUGUGUCAGCAUCACUUCCCUUUAAAUCCCGUAUUAAUAACACACUGUAAUGACGUUGUUUGCAGAUAUAAGUAAGGCUAAUUCAUUCAUUCAUCUUUCGAGUGCAACAUUAGAGCAGCUGAAACAUAAAAUGAUUUAUAGUUACUGCACUAAAUAACAAAUAUAAAUAAAGAACAAUAUGACAGACAACAGUAUAAAAUGAUGCAUUGAGAAUAAUCAGGUGAAUGUAACAAUGUUUACUCUUAGUAAGUGCAUCUUUCAGGGGCAACAUCGAGACGACAGAUGUUCUGUUUACCGUUCAGUUGCAACACACAAAGUUCACGUGUUCACAUUUGAGAAGCUGAAAUUGUCAUUUAUUUUUCUUUAAAAUGACUGAAACGAUAAUCAAAAUAGUUGCUGAUUAAUUUUCUGUCAAUCAACUCAUUAAGUAAUCGUUGCAGCUCCAGAUAUAAGAGCUUAAUAAUGUAUUUGUGAACUGUAAGUGUAGGCCGCGGUAUAAACAGAUAAUAAAUAACAAAGACUAAUAUCACAUGUCUUCAUAGAAGUUAUAAAUAUUCAUUUAUAUUUUUAUAAAUACUUAACAUUAAGCUUAUCUUUAUAUCUGUGUUCAACACAUUGUAGUGUGUUAUACAUCUUUACAUAAAUGAUUAUAAAUUAAUUAGGGGACUUCCUGUAUUCUACCAGACGCAGCUGGUACACGAUGACUGGAGCAACAUGUUCAUGUUUGUGUAAAUAAAAACAAGAGUUUGUCA